CUCGCUUAAACACCGUUUUCGGGAUCGCUACUUCCAAAGCCUCAAGAUGUAAUCGGUAGUUUGAUAUAGAAAAAGUUAAGUAAAACAAAACCGCAAUAGCUAAUGUCACCAUAGCCCAUUAGAUGUCGCCCAUAAAAACUCACGAUGAUAGACUUUAUAUACAAAGAUUUUGUUCACAAUUGAACAUAAUUAAAAUGGGAAAAUUUGGCCAGUUUAUACAUCCAACAUUUCUGUGUUUUCUCUCGGACUCGGGCAGAGCAGGAGAAUGAAAUAUAAACGAAAUUUACUUUUUAUUCACAAACUAGCUUAAUAGUUUUUUUUUAUCGAAUCGAAUCAUUGUCAUAUAUUUCAAAGAAGUCGGUUCGGGCUAAGAAGAGCCUUCGUUUUCUGUUCAGCAAAAUAUCAAAAUAUUGAUUGAUGCUAUCGUCCAUAGACAUUUUACUUUUUGAUCUUAUAUAUCCAAAUAAAAUGUUUCGCAACUUUCUCAGAUUUGCGAAAUAAAAAGUGAGAACUUUUGUUUGUUUUAGAGAACACGGAAAUCUCUGGAACUUAGAAAUAUAAACUGACCAAUUAUUACAACUUGUCGACUGCAACGCCCCUACAUGCGAUCAUUAACAUAACAUUAAACACAAGGGUUGGAUGUUACUGUCAAAAAUAUAACGGUGAAAAUCACCAUUUUAUUUUAGUUUUAAAUUGAAAAUUAGUGUGAAGUUGUUGGCAAGCUUCAACUUUAUUCUUCUUAAAAACAUUAAAUUUAAAAAGAAAUAUAAUCAUGUUCGCCACCAUUCAAUGUUCUGAAGAAAAAAAAGCUAAAUUUGUAAAAUAUCUAGAACAGCAUAACGUAAUCAAAACAUUCAGCGAGAUUUUCGACAAACUAAUGAAAUGCAAGGAAAAACCAGAAAAUCCAAUUGAUUUUAUUCGCCAGGAAUUAGGUGAAGUUGUUAUUCCACACGAAAACUUCGAGGAACUUGAACGUGAACUUGAAGAAGCACAUCGUGAAAUUGCAGAUCUUGAAAAAGCUAUUGAAGAAUUGGGUUUAAAUGAAAGUGUUGAAGUCGUGGAUGGGGAUGAGGAUGAAGAAGAUGAAAUUAAGGACGAUACAUCAGAAGUGGAGGCUGAGCCAUCCAAUGCUUUGUAAAAAACGUAAUUAAUAAGAAAGGAUAAUACAAAAUGUGUAUUUGAACAAGUUAACUUUAUUCUUCAUUUUACUUUUAUACUAAAAUGUUACUUUUUUCUUAAAUAAAUUCGUGUUUUUUUAAUUCUAAAGAUA